AUGCCAAAAGCUAGACUGCCUAUCCCGCUCAUUGAGUUCUUGAGAAAUCGGAUCUACUUGGGCUCUUACGACUAUGCUCCAAGUGACACGGUAGACUUGGUUUACUUCACCGUGGAAGAUGCCUUACCCUACAAUGCUUUCCAUUUGGACUUUGGUCCCCUUAAUAUCGGAAGUUUGUAUAGGUUUGCUGUCAGCCUACAUAACAUUUUGAAUGAGGAGGCCAAUCAGGGUAAAGGCGUUGUCUUUUAUAGUUCUACUUCGCCAAAAGAGAGAGCUAAUGCUGCCUGUUUGUUGUGUUGUUACAUGGUGUUGGUGCAACUGUGGGCUCCCCAUCAGGUUCUCCAACCAAUCUGCCAAGUUGAAUUCCCCUUCCUGCCUUUCCGAGAUGCUGGCUACUCCAGCGCUGAUUUCGAAAUCACCAUUCAGGAUGUCGUCUACGCCAUGUGGAGAGCCAAAGAGCGUGGCAUGAUAGACUUGACGACUUUCAACUUGGAGGAGUACGAGCAAUAUGAGAGAGUAGACCAGGGUGACUUUAAUGUUAUCUCAAAGGACUUUAUCGCGUUCGCCUCUCCACAGCAGAAGAAGCCCGGUGUGUUGAACGAACCGUUCAAGAAAGUGUUAAACUUUUUUAUCAACAACGAUGUCCAAUUGGCAGUCAGGCUCAACUCUCACUUGUAUGACGCCAACGAAUUUGAGAAGCGCAACAUUCAACAUAUCGACAUGAUUUUUGAAGAUGGCACAUGCCCAACUUUGGAGUAUGUUCAAAAAUUCAUUGGCGCUGCGGAGUGCGUUAUCAACAACGGUGGAAAGAUUGCCGUUCACUGUAAAGCCGGUUUGGGAAGAACGGGCUGUCUUAUUGGUGCUCAUUUGAUUUAUACCCACGGCUUCACUGCUAAUGAGUGCAUCGCCUAUAUGAGGAUGAUCCGGCCCGGGAUGGUUGUAGGUCCUCAACAGCAUUGGCUCUACUUGCACCAGCAGGAUUUCCGUGACUGGAGACACACUAUGUGUCUCGACAACAGGCCUGACGCAUUCAUUGGCGGCCUUUAUCCCUUGGUAUCCUACAGCGACUUCAAGGCUAGACUCAAAGAAGAGGCCAAGCAAAAGAGAUUACAGCAACAGCAGCAGCAACUCAAUUCAUCCUACAUGAGCCACUUCGACUCCUCAUUCACGCAUACUCCUGUUAGAAGAAGAAAGAUAAGUGAGCAUUUGGCAAGCAAAAUCCAGGGCGCCGUACCAAUGGAAUCGCCUGGCCAACCUAGAAAAUAUGAAGAGGCAAAUAACUCGUCUGUUCUCGAUGUCAUCAACAACUCAGAUGAAGAUAAUCAAGCAGUUUCCAUGCAAGAUGCGGAUAGUGGAGUUGAGCAGGAAAUUAAUAACGCUGACGGUGAGAUCGUUCACAGCUCCCCUAAAAGGGAUGCCAGUGACCAUAGAAUUUUGCGCUCAAUCACCAACAGCAGUCAACUGCCCCUGCUGAUGACUAAAACCACCACCACAACGACGACUCGAACCAUCAGCACUACCCUAACCUCGAAUCCUUCUUCGCCAAACGGAUCCAAGAUGCUCAAGUCUCGUUCGAGCACUAAGGUACAUGCCGGUCUACUUCCAGGUAAGAAUGUCGGUACCAGAGUUUACUCUGGCGGUGUCAGAAAGGUAAGUGGCAAAAAGUACUAA